CCCCGUCCCCCCUUUUCACAGACCUCCCACCACCUCCGCACCCUCUCCCUCUCACCCCACCUCCACCGCCUCCGCCUCCGCCGCGCCCGCACCACCCUCCCGACCCAGCUCGCCUCGCCCUCCCGCCCGACCCUGACCGACCUCAUCCGCCGCUCCAUCUUCCUCACCAACACCACCAUCGUCUCCCGCCGCCUCGCCCGCUCCUUUGUCUCCAUCCGCCUCUCCCGCCAGCUCGCCGCCCGGCCGCCUCCAGAAGUGCUGGUGGAGCGGUGCGUCCUGCCGGCCGAGUGCCUACCCGGUAAGAAGGCCGCCGUUGCCCCCGCGUUGGUCGCGAGGAAGAGGGCGGUGGAGAGGGAGAGGGUGAAGGAUAGGCUGAGGGGGUUUGUGGGGACUGUUUGGGGGGGCAAGGUGAGGGAAAAGGAGGAGGGUGUCAAAAAGUGGGAGGAGAGGAGUGGGGUGGGGAGGGUUUGGAGGUUGAGGAGGUUUUGGGAGGGGGUUAGUAAGGAGCAGGGGUGA